GCCAUCACAACAUCCACUAGCUGCGUUAGCUGCUAGCAAGAUAAGCUCAGCCCAAAUUUAGAAAAUAUUUACUGUGUUAUCAUCGAUGAAGUUAAACUGCAGUCCGGACAUAUCGACUGUGGAGCGCCACGAAGCUGAAGGCAUGAUCGACGAUUUCGGGAGUCACGAAGCCCGGUCCAGCGGAGAGCUGUGGUCGGAGAUCUGUUCGGGGCUGCCGGAACAGAGGAUGGGGGGUGAAGAGGCGGCGGAGUUCACCGAUUCCUUCCAGCCCCCGCUGCAGGAGAGCGACCAUGCCAGCGCAGCGAACGGCAUCCCCUGGGAGCCCAUGGCGGACUCAGAGGUCUACAUCGCCAGUCUAGAAAACCGUUUAAGGAGAAUCAAGGGCCAGUCUCAGGAAGUGACCUCAAGGGAAAUGCUUCGCACUCUCUCUCAGGCCAAGCAGGAAUGCUGGGAUAGAUUCCUUUAUGGUGCACAAGGAUCAGAUCUCUUUCAAGAGGGAAGUGACAUGGAUGAGAGCGCUCUGGAGCAUCUGAAACGGUGGCUGCAGCCGGAGAAAGUGGCCAUCAGUGCAGAGGAGCUGGAGUACCUCCUCCUCCCGGAGCAGGGCGGAGAGCGGGCAGUGCGAGGAGCAGCUGCAGAGACGCAGACGGAGGAGAGGCCAGAGGAGGAGGGGAGCCAGGCUCCAGAAAAAUAGACCCACUGUGGAAACACCCGCGUUAUUCAUCUAGCUCUAAAGAACACCACCUCAGCAGUGUCGUACAGCACAGGUAUCAUUCAGGUGCUGUCUCCCUAGUUUCCAUAAUUUACUCAUUUAUGGGGAAAGGGUGCUUAAACUCCUGUCUCAUAUCGUUCUUGUCAGAGGGGAAAUCCUGGUGUUUUUGUUCACAGUUGUAGGUUAUAUAACCUUUCAUUCCAUGAUCUAAUUAUCUUGUUGGUCCUGAAAUGCAAUUGAAUCUGUAAA